UGAUACUCGCUGUCCGGCAAAAGAAACGAAAAGGACUUAACUUAUCACCAACGUUGCCUGGCUCGUUGGAGAAACUCAACACGAUGAACUGUGGAUUUCCAGACAGUUUCCAUUGAGCGUUAGCACUUUGGCCACCGUUGUAACUGGCUAGCAUUUAAAGGUCCAUUUACGUUGGCUAGUUGACGUGCAUACUAAUUCAAAGCAGUUUUUCAGCAAUAAAAACGACGGAAAGUAACACAGCAAUAGUGUUUUGAGACCGAGUAGAAAGGAAAACACUUCUAAAUCACAAAGAGACAGUUUCAAAGGAGGCAGUAGACUAUCAACCACGAUGGAAUCAAGCGGAAAGCGGGCCCUAAGGAAAACCGUCUUAUCCUUCCUUUGUCUGGUUUUGCUACAGCACUCAUUCUGCAAAGCUGAAUUUGAGAUAAAGGUGCCCAGUGUGCCUCUAGUGGCCAUUCAUGGGCACAGCACGGUCCUGAGCUGCACCUUCCCUGUGAAUGGGGCCUUUGACCUGGGCAGCAGCGUCAUCAUCUGGCGACGGCACCUGGAGGUGGUCCACAGCUUCUACCACAGCCGUGACGAGCUGAGCCUGCAGAGCCGUCGCUAUGCCAACCGCACCAGCCUGUACCAUUUGGAGCUAGAGCGGGGAAACGCCUCCCUCCGGCUGGAUCGUACCACUCCUGAGGAUGCGGGGGAGUACUCCUGCUCUGUCAGAACACUGACCGGCAGCCAGAAGAAAUCCUUCCCUGUGAAAAUUGCAGCAUUCUACACGGAGCCCCACCCGCAGGUGAGGAUUUCCCCCCAAAGCGUGGAGCUGAAGCUGACAUCACGGGGGUACCCCGCCCCAAAGGUGCGCUGGCUGGACGCCAGGGGGGCGGAGCUCUCUACCGGAACGCAGACGCAGCUCCUGACGGACACGCAGGGGCUCUACGUGGUGUCCAGCUCCCUGACCCAGGAGAGGGGGGCCAACUCCACCCUCACCUUCCUCCUGUGGAACGAGGACCUGCACCAGGAGAUCAGGAGGGAGUUCAGCCUGCUGGAAGAAGCUGCCAUUGUCCUGCGUGAUGAGUCAAGGUCGGCUCUGUAUGCUCUCCUGCCUGUGGCCAUUUUAACAGUCCUGGGAAUUCUGGGAAUCAUCCUGUUCUUGAAGAAGAGACGCUGUUUCCCUGGACCCGAUAGUACAGCCACUAGGGAUAUACCUCCCUGAAAACGGCUCCCCAAAGCAGUGAACAGGAAUGGAAACCAAAUAACAGAGCAACUGUACUUUAUUGAACUGCUGAACGUUAACCAUUUGAAGAGAAGGUUUUUGGCAGUGGUUUUUUUU